AGAGCGUUCCUUGUUGAUGAGCGAAGAAGGCCGCCGAGUUUCUUUCCCGCUUGCCCAUUGGUGUGUCAAAGAAGAAAGGGGGUUGGGUUUCCGUGUAAGUCUCCAAUCAGGAAGCUUGGUUGGCUCCUUCUACUCGCCCGUGAGGCCUGCGAAGCGGUUCCUUCGGAGACGCUGCUGAGGGAGAAGUGAUGAUCGACCCGCAGAAACGGAAAGCACCCGGCCCGGAUGUGGCUUUGGUGGCGGCGACGUCCGCGGCCAAGAAGCCCCGCCAUGAGCUGAUAUUAGGUGCUGGACCCGCCGCCGGACAGCCGCCGCCGGGGGCCUUAUUGCAGACGGGUCCACCAAGAUGUUCCUCCCUCCAGGCACCGAUUAUGUUGCUUUCAGGGCAUGAAGGUGAAGUGUACUGUUGUAAAUUUCAUCCUAAUGGAGCCACCUUAGCAUCAGCUGGAUUUGACAGGCUGAUCUUACUAUGGAACGUGUAUGGUGAUUGUGAUAAUUAUGCCACCCUGAAAGGACAUAGCGGGGCUGUCAUGGAGCUGCACUACAACACAGACGGCAGCAUGCUAUUCUCUGCCUCCACGGAUAAAACAGUAGCAGUGUGGGACAGCGAGACAGGCGAGCGAGUGAAAAGACUCAAGGGCCAUACGUCAUUUGUGAACUCCUGUUACCCAGCGCGGCGGGGGCCUCAGCUGGUCUGCACAGGCAGUGAUGAUGGGACAGUAAAGCUGUGGGACAUCAGGAAAAAAGCUGCUGUUCAGACCUUUCAGAAUACUUACCAAGUCUUAUCUGUCACUUUUAAUGAUACCAGUGACCAGAUAAUAUCUGGAGGCAUAGACAACGAUAUCAAGGUGUGGGACCUUCGACAAAACAAGUUAACCUAUACAAUGAGAGGACACGCUGACUCUGUCACAGGUCUCAGUCUGAGCUCAGAAGGCUCGUACUUGCUUUCCAAUGCAAUGGACAAUACAGUUCGCAUCUGGGAUGUCCGGCCUUUCGCCCCUAAGGAGAGAUGUGUCAAGAUCCUUCAAGGGAAUGUGCAUAAUUUUGAAAAGAAUCUUCUGCGAUGCUCUUGGUCACCAGAUGGAAGCAAGAUAGCCGCUGGGUCAGCAGACAGGUUCGUUUACGUUUGGGACACAACCUCCAGAAGAAUCCUCUACAAGCUGCCAGGCCAUGCUGGUUCAAUAAACGAAGUGGCUUUUCAUCCAGAGGAACCCAUCAUUCUGUCGGCAUCUAGUGACAAACGGCUGUAUAUGGGGGAGAUCCAGUGAGCGGAUGAUGGCUGCGACGGUUCAUACCUUGGAUGUUCAGAACCGGAUAGCUUCCUAACGAAUUCAGAUUGCUCCAUGUUACCGUAAUGGAAGAGGAAGAGACUGCAAGGAAAACCAUCUCCUAUGCAGAGUUAACCUGUAGCCUCUCAGAGGGUCCCUCCUCGACCAUGCCGUAGAAAUGAUAAACGGCUUGCAGUUUGAGAAUUGCUAGGAUUUACAAGAGGGGCUUGUGCGGAUUUCCCAUUUCAGUUGGAAAGCAUGCUUGGGGGUCACUAACACAACCUCCUGGCCAGUAUAAAAUGUUGCUGUUGAAUAUUGUAUGCUUCCCACCAGGUUAAUUUUGUUUUUUUAUAUGCUGAAGGGAGUAAAAAAUCUUUUACAAAAA